CGCCGCUAGAGGGCGCUGCUGGGAUCAGAGUGCCCCCUCCGCAGCCAUUUCCCCGUACACUCAGGAUCAGGAUUCUGCAUCUCCCUUCCUGUUUUGCCCUGGAACAUCGGAUUGUCAGAUCCUGCUGAGUGCCUGGCACGGAGAAGAGCCCGGCUUCUGGCUGCCUAGUCACCCCAACAUGAGUCCGGCCUGAGCCCUCGUCCUGCCUUCCAAAAAAAAAAGAAAAGAGGAGGGGAAGCCUUCUGCAAUUUAGGGGGGGUGGGGGGUGCACCCCCCUCCUAUGACAUUUUUCCUUGCCCAUGGCUGAGACUAAAAUCAUCUACCAUAUAGAUGAAGAGGAGACCCCCUACCUGGUGAAGCUGCCCGUCUGCCCGGACAAAGUCACCCUAGCCGAUUUCAAGAAUGUGCUCAGCAACAGACCCGUCCACAAUUAUAAAUUCUUCUUCAAAUCCAUGGACCAGGAUUUCGGGGUGGUCAAGGAAGAAAUUUCAGAUGACAACGCAAAGCUCCCGUGUUUUAACGGAAGAGUGGUGUCCUGGCUGGUUUUGGCCGAAAGUUCCCAUUCCGACGGUGGAUCUCAGAGCACAGAGAGUCGCACAGACCUCCCUCCUCCGAUCGAAAGGACAGGGGGAAUCGGAGACUCACGGCCACCAUCCUUUCAUCCAAAUGCUGGCAGCAGCCGCGAUGGCCUGGACAACGAAACGGGAACAGAUUCAGUUGUAAGCCACAGGAGAGAACGGCACCGGCGGAAGAACAGAGAGGCUCAUGAUGACGUUCCGAGGAUCAAUGGGCACCCCAAAGUGGAGCGCAUGCGUGACCCUGGAGGAUAUGACAGCGCUUCCACCGUGAUGAGCAGCGAGCUGGAGUCCAGUAGCUUUGUGGACUCUGAUGAAGACAACACUAGCAGGUUAAGUAGUUCCACAGAACAAAGCACAUCUUCACGUCUUAUCCGCAAGCACAAACGGAGGAGACGGAAGCAGAAAAUGCGUCAGGUCGAUAAAUCUUCAUCCUUCAGCAGCAUUACAGACUCAACCAUGUCGCUAAACAUCAUCACUGUCACCCUGAACAUGGAGAAGUACAACUUUCUAGGCAUCAGUAUUGUGGGGCAGAGCAAUGACCGCGGAGAUGGGGGAAUAUACAUUGGAUCUAUCAUGAAGGGUGGAGCUGUGGCUGCAGAUGGCAGGAUUGAACCCGGAGAUAUGCUUCUACAGGUAAAUGAUGUGAACUUUGAGAACAUGAGCAAUGAUGAUGCAGUCAGGGUCUUGAGGGAAAUUGUAUCUAAGCCUGGGCCAAUCAGCCUGACUGUAGCAAAAUGCUGGGAUCCUACACCUAGGAGCUACUUCACCAUCCCACGAGCGGAACCUGUGAGGCCGAUAGACCCGGCUGCCUGGAUCACUCAUACCUCAGCCCUGACGGGAACAUACCCCCGUUACGGUAUGAGCCCCUCCAUGAGUAUCAUCACAUGCACCAGCUCCUCAUUAACAAGCUCUAUACCUGAGUCGGAAAAACUGGAAGAUUCUCCCCUGACAGUAAAGAGUGACAUGGCCACAAUUGUGAAGUUGAUGCAACUGCCAGAUUCAGGUCUGGAAAUAAGGGACCGAAUGUGGUUAAAAAUUACGAUAUCCAAUGCGGUCAUCGGGGCCGAUGUUGUGGACUGGCUCUACACACACGUAGAAGGUUUCAAGGAGCGUCGGGAGGCCAGAAAAUAUGCCAGCAGCAUGUUAAAGCACGGCUACCUCAGACACACAGUAAACAAGAUCACCUUCUCUGAGCAGUGCUACUAUGUGUUUGGAGACCUGUGUGGAAAUGUAGCGGCACUGAAUCUUAACGAUGGAUCCAGUGGGACAUCUGAUCAGGACACACUUGCUCCUCUCCCUCAUUCCGCCGCCCCCUGGCCCCUAAGCCAGGGCUAUCCGUACCAGUACCCUCUAGCGCCACCUUGUUACCCUUCAACAUACCAAGAGCCAGGAUUCAGCUAUGGCAGUGGCAGUGCGGGAAGCCAGCACAGUGAAGGCAGCAAAAGCAGUGGAUCCAGUCGCAGCAACCGAGAGGGAAAGAGAUCAUCCGGUCGAGAGAAAGACCACAAGUCCACUGGCAGUGGUAGCGGGUCUGACCGUGCCGCCAGUAGCGGAGGAAAAAGGAGCGAAAGGCCACUGAGCCAGCACAGCCACCGAAGCCACAGCUCAGCGGCAUGCAGCGAGCGAAGUCACCAUAGCAGCCACCACUCUCAUGGUCCCCCUGGUCUACCUCCGCUGUACAGCCUGCCAAAGAUGGGGAGCAAGGUAUUCAACAACAGUGGUCCACCGGGUGGUCCCCCAGUCCGUGAGCUCAGCAACAUCCCUCCAGAACUGACCGGAAGCCGGCAGUCCUUUCAGAAGGCCAUGGGAAACCCCUGUGAAUUUUUUGUGGACAUUAUGUGACAGCCAAAGUGCCUUCUGCUCCAGCCACUAGAAAAGCUAAAGAAUUGUAGAACUCCUGCAAUGCAUGGCCACUGCCAUAAUCAGAUAUCAAGCCAUAGAAGAGAA